GGGCAUAAUAAAAUCCGUCGUCAUACUGUAACCCCCAUGUGAUUGUAGGAUACAGCCCAGAGUUUCAACAUCAAGAACAAAGCAAAGCCACACCCUUCCAAACCUACACUUGUUUUUGCUAUCAAGACUUCAAUCACUCUUACAACCAUCCCCAAAUCGCAAAAAUGAAGUUACAUUACAUCGGAAUAAUCAAGAACUCAGAGACCCCCUCACACGAGCUCUGCUGCGUGAAAGAGUUGAGCGCAUAUGGCCGAUUUACAAGAGCCAGUUACGGCGAAUUCAUGACGGUUUUCAGUAAGACUGUCGCUGAACGAACGAAGCCUGGCCAAAGGCAAGAUAUUGAACAAGAUAGUAACACAUUCCACGCCUAUGGACGCAGCGAAGGUGUCUGUGGUAUAAUAAUUUCCGACCACGAAUAUCCAGCCCUCGUUGCCCAUCAACUUCUCUCCAAAGUCGUCGACGAGUUCCUAAAUGCACACCCUCGAUCAGAAUGGGCCGAUUCAACCCCAACCCUCACAUUCCCCGAACUAAACGACUAUAUUGUGAAAUACCAAGACCCGCAACAGGCAGAUAGCAUCAUGAAGAUCCAAAAGGAAUUGGAUGAGACAAAGAUUGUGUUGCAUAAGACUAUUGAGAGUGUUUUAGAGAGAGGCGAGAAAAUCGAUACAUUGGUGGCAAAGAGUGAUGGCUUGAGUGCACAGAGCAAGAUGUUCUAUACACAAGCAAAGAAGCAGAACUCAUGCUGCGUGGCUAUGUAGAUUGGUGUAUUUGGUUAGCUAUGGCGUUCUCAUCUUUUUUGAUAGCAUUCUCGCAGGCAUUGUUUCGAUUGGAGGAUGUAAAUUGCAGUUUGAGGUUCGGGAAUAUUGGCGAGUGAGGUCGCAAAGUGGCUUAACUUUCAAGGCGACGUCUUAAUACUUAAAUGGUACA